AUGGCGCCUUCAGAGCGAAUGGGAAAAGGUAGAAUAAUGGCUGCGGCAAGACGACUUGGGGAGAUGGUGGAAUCUGUCAUUUGUUGCAAUCCAACCAAUCAGACGAGGACAGUUGACUCGGAUCCAAGCAAGUCGCGAGCCCGUGUUGCCGUGCCUUCUGUCCGGACGUCAAGCGGCCUCAACUCGCUUGGUCCAAUUGGAUUGGUCCAUUCAUGCAAUAAUGCCCAUGCUCCCCUUUUCUCUCGCUCUCCCCUCGAAUCGGCUGGCUUCCGGCCAGGUCGACUCAAGCGACAGAAUCAGAGGCCGCGACAAGAACAGACCCAAACAGUGACCGACGAGGCUCAGGCCGAAGCAGAUGACGGCCCGACAGGAUUGGGCUGCCCGGUUCGCGGGAGAACGGGGGUCGGGAUUCGAAGAGAGAUUGAAGAAACGAGUCUGUGA